AUGGGAGCUUGCACCCGCUGCGGUAAGAUGAAUCAUUCGGCUCGGGACUGUCCAAGUCCACUCUCUAGCAGUGGCUCAGCCACUUGUCACGGAUGCGGGAAGGUGGGACACUACCGUAGGGACUGUCCCAAGAACCAAUCCGGCCCGGAGAAAGGUCGUGGAGAGACGAGCAGGCCGAACCAGAACCGGAACCAGUCAUCCGCACCAAGGGUGUACGAACUGUGCAAGGACACGGAUGAGACUGGACAAUUCCAAUCGAUUACUGGUAAUAGUUUCUGUAAACUUGAUCUUUUAAAUUGUAGAUUGCAUGGUAUGGAAUCUAGAAUGGAUUAG